AUGACCCUGAUGGUCAGCGCAUCAAGGACAAAAGUAAAAGAGUAUGGCGCUGUUGCCUCCUGUGAGAUUCCUGACACCCCUCCCCCACCCAUCACCUUCACUCAAUACCAGGUUGAGAUGCAAAUGAGGAGACUUCACUCAGGCAAGUCUGCUGGACCAGACGGAGUGAGUCCCCCCGUCCUCAAGGCCUGUGCCCCCCAGCUGUGUGGAGUCUUUCAUAAACUGUUUAUGCUGAGUCUGCAGAGGGUACCAGUGAUGUGGAAGACAUCAUGCCUCGUCCCUAUUCCAAAGACGCCACGUCCCAGUGGCCCCCAGGAUUACAGGCCCGUGGCACUGACCUCCCACAUCAUGAAGACCCUGGAAAGGCUCAUCCUGGACCAGCUGCGAUCCAUUGUCAGACCACAUCUGGAUCCCCUUCAAUUUGCUUAUCAGCCUCGUCUCGGAACAGAGGACGCCAUCAUCUACCUGCUCAAUCGUGUCUACACCCACCAGGACCAGCCGGCGAACAUGUUUUUUGACUUUUCCAUGCGUGGAAUGAUCAUUGUUCAGUCAGCUGGGUACAGAUGUGGAGAUAAAGCAAUCUGUCCUCAGAGUGACACUCUGGACAACGUCAGGAACAGCUGUGAUGGAAAAACAGUGUGUGACAUAAAGUCAAACAUUACUUAUGAUCCUGGAGUCUGCAGAUACCUGGAGACCACCUACGCCUGCUUCACACACCACAGUGUAACAUGUGAAGGAUCUCAGUCAAACCUUCAGUGUGGUGAAGGACAGGUUAUAGUCGUCUCCUGGGCUAAUUAUGGUCGCCGUGACACGACCACGUGCCCUGAUGGACGUCCUGAUUCUCAGCUCCAAAAUGUUAACUGCUCCUGGUCCACAAGCAUGGAAUAUUUUACUAAAAUGUGUAACUGGCAGAACAGCUGUACUGUUAAAGCACCAAGCUCAGUAGAUCCAUGUCGUGGCACCUACGAGUACCUGGAGGUGUUUUUCACUUGUCAGGAUGCUUCCUGCCCUCCUGGUUGGACUUGGUUUGGAGGUCGCUGUUUCAUCUUUAACAGCAGCAUGAAGAACUGGCCUGAUGCUGAGAGAUCCUGUGAGACACUCGGUGGACAUCUGGCCUCAUUCCACAGCACAGCUGAGUACACCUUCAUCAGAGAGCUCACUCACACAGCAGCAGGGUUGUAUGAAACGGCUUGGGUUGGAGGCAACGACAGAGAAAUUAAAUGUUGGUGGAUGUGGAGUGAUGGUUCCCAGUUUGACUUCCCAAACUGGGCCAAAGGAGAACCAAAUGAUGCUGGAGGAAGAGAAGAUUGUAUGAUGAUAAACUAUGGAGGACGGGAUUAUGUCAACGAUGCAGGGUGUAACGCCAACAAACCUUUUGUUUGUGUCAGAGAUCCAUAACUGCUUCUUCAUGUGCUGACAGAUUUGAAUUGAUGAUGUCACUUCCAUCACUGCUGGUGGAUGUAUUGACAAAUAUGGUUUCAUAUAACAUGUCAAGGAGAUUGACAUCCCUCAGCUUAUCUCCAUCCAAGAGUGAAAUAAAGGACAACUAUCAAGCCUUUUCAUGGUUAAAGUAACACAGAGUGCUAUAGCAGUAUAUCUAUAUGUGAUUCUGCUAAUAGUUCAUUAUGUAUAAAUUUCUAAUCAAAUAUGAGUAUAAUCAAUAUAAUAUAUGAGAAAUGAAACUUCCGUAAUGCUUGAACUUUGCCCUGGUUUUUAUUUGUGCUGCAGGGGCUGAUCUAGAGAAAUUUACUUAAG